AUGCAACCUGAAGCUCAUUCCAAAUUUAAUCUGGAUGCCUCUCUAGUGCUUGUUGGUGUUCGUGGCUGUGGAAAGCGUUCGUUAGGGUUUAUCGCUGCGACGGCCUUGAAACGACGGUUUAUCACCGAAGAUCAUUAUUUCAAGGAAGUAACCGGGCUCACGCGUCAUGAAUACCUCCAGCAUUAUGGAAGCCAAGAAUUCCAACGUCGCGAUAUUGAGGUCAUCAAGUUAAUGCUCGACAAUCACCGUUCAUGUUGCGUUAUCGAAUGUGGCCUUGCAAGUCUUACUCGUCCCGUCCAAGAGCAUCUUCGCCGAUAUUCCGCGACUAACCCAGUUGUGCAUAUCGUCCGUGAUAUGGACCGCAUACAGAGUACACUUGGUCUAGAGGACCAGUCGUUCAAGUUAUUGUGUGAGGGAGACCCUCUACACCGCACAUGCACCAAUUUCGAGUUUUAUAACAUCGAAGAACGAUCCAACGAAUCUACUCAUACUGAUGAAGAAACUCCGGAUCGCCGAUCUGUUGAUUACUCGUUCAAACUUAAAGAGGCCAAGGAGGACUUCACCCGUUUUGUGCGAUUUAUCACAGGAAUGGAUGUUGGCCAUUCUGGCUAUGAUUCCCCUUUCGUACUCCUAGAAAUACCUCCGGAGCUUCGGUCCUUUACUCACGCUAUCUUUGUUCGAUCUUCUGAGCUUAUGGAUGGCGCUAUUGACUUGUGUGAACUUGAAUUUGGCGGAGACGCUAUUGAGAUAUGUGUUGAUCGGUGGAGCCCUGUGAUGGCGAGUACCGUGAGCAUGCAGGUUUCGUUGCUCCGGAGAAGCGCGCGCAUUCCUAUCAUUUUCUCCAUUGACACUUCACCAAAAGGAAUUUACAGCAGCGAUUUAUCUUCAGUGCGAAUGAGGAGCAUAUAUUCCGAGGUCGUAGAACAUGGUUUGCGACUUGGAGUGGAAUACUUGGCUGUUGAUCUGGGCCAAGACCGCUCUUUGCUUCAUCGUGUGAUCAGCAACAGGGGAAUGACUAAGAUAAUUGGUCAGCACAUUUAUGAAUUAUCUUCCGGGGUGGCUUGGGAUGACGAGGACUGUCUCUCUUUGUACGGUGAGGCUGAAAAGCUUGGGUGCCAGCUUGUCCGCAUUCUACGGGUGGCAGUGGAGCGUGAGGAUAAUGCAGCUGUUGCAAAGUUCACCAAUAAGGUCCAGUCACUUACUGGUGCCCAUCCACCCCUCAUCGCCUAUAACAUAGGCCGGCUUGGACGAACUUCCCAAGUCUUCAAUUCUAUCCUUAGUUCUGUAACUCAUCCAGCAAUUAAACGAUCCACAGAUAAUGGGAAAGAUCCCUUGAUCACUUCGCGAGAUGCAGUUCAGGCUUUGUUUCGAAGUUACGUGCUCGACCCCCUCCAGUUCUACAUUCUUGGGGCUAGCGUAGCCUACAGCCUCUCCCCCGCUAUGCACAAUGCUGCUUUUCACUAUUGUGGUAUGAACCACGUGUAUAGUAUCCCUGAGUCUCCUUCUCUUGCGGUGUUGGAUAAGUUGGGUAGGGACCCACAUUUUGGAGGCGCCAGUGUUGUUCAACCAUGGAGAGUGCAGAUUUCCCAAAAACUCGCUUCGAAAAGUCGACAUGCAGAAGCGAUCGGAGCCAUCAAUACAAUCAUGCCUCUUCGGGCGCGAGCCGAUGGAUCCAUGCUCCCGCUGCAGGAACAAGCCAGCCGUCGCAACCAGGCCGGCCCUGUGUUGGGGUGGUAUGGGGAGAAUACGGACUGGGUGGGGAUUAUGACCUGCAUCAAUCGUAACCUCUCCCCACGCAAUGCUAUUAGUCCGUCGAAGACGACUGGCUUGGUCAUAGGAGCUGGCGGCAUGGGUCGGGCGGCCGUAUAUGCUAUGCUCCGGCUAGGGUGCCGCAAAAUUUUCAUAUACAAUCGAACCUUGUCACACGCGGAGAGCGUAGCUCGUCACUUCAAUUCUUGGGCUGCGUCGCAAGUAGGAUCAACAGAGGUUGUGCACAUAUUAAAGUCAAUACAGGAUGAGUGGCCCUCAGAUGUCUGUCCUCCAUGUUUAAUUGCCUCUUGUGUUCCUGCAGACCCUGAUAGGGACGAGCCCCCAGCCAACUUUGAAAUGCCGAUGCAGUGGCUAGGAAGUCCGACUGGGGGUGUGGUUUUAGAGUUCGCAUACAAACCCCUGGAUACGCCGCUGUUGCGCCAGAUGCGUCGCAUUCGAAAUGAAACUGGACGACCAUGGGUUUUGGUUGAUGGACUAGACAACGUUUCUGAGCAAGCCAUUGCCCAAUUUGAGUUAUUGACCGGACGGAAAGCACCGCGUCGACUAAUGGCUCUGGAGGCUCUCCGGAAUUAUGUCGGUGAGAAUGGUUGCUUUGAUGAAAAGACGAUUCAAGCGCGGCUUAAUGGUAUUCGUUAA